AUGAGUGCUUUGCAGAAGAUUGCCGAGAUAGAGGCCGAAAUGGCCAGAACGCAGAAGAACAAAGCGACGAAUGCCCACCUUGGUCUGCUAAAGGCAAAGCUUGCGAAGCUUCGAGCCCAAAUCGUGACCGAGGGCACUAAAGGAAGUGGGGGAGGUGGAGGACAGCAAGGCUUCGAGGUCUCGAAGACGGGAGAUGCCCGAGUUGGUCUCAUCGGCUUCCCCUCUGUCGGAAAAUCCACUUUGCUGAACAAGAUGACGGGAAGCGCCAGCGAGGUUGCUUCCUACGAGUUCACCACCCUAACUUGCGUCCCCGGCGUCUUCAACUACAAGGGUGCCAAGAUCCAGCUGCUGGAUCUGCCCGGUAUCAUCGAGGGCGCCAAGGACGGCAAAGGCCGCGGCAAGCAGGUCAUUUCAGUGGCCUAUAGCUGCAGCUUGAUUCUGAUAGUUUUGGACGUCAUGAAACCGAUUCUGCACAAGCGGAAGAUCGAGUACGAGCUGGAAGGCUUCGGGAUACGGCUAAACAAGAAGCCGCCAAACAUAUUGUUCAAGAAGAGGGAAAAAGGAGGGGUGGCGCUGAAUGUGUCCCCAGGCUGCGUGCUGAAGGACUGUGAUGAGGAGAGUAUCAUGGGUGUUCUUCGGGAAUAUAAAAUCUCCAAUGCGCAAGUCUCCAUCAGAUGUGACGCAACAAUGGAUGACAUAAUUGACACACUCGAGGGCAAUCGAAAGUACUGCCCAGCGAUCUAUGUCAUGAAUAAGAUUGACCAGAUCACAAUCGAAGAGCUCGACAUCAUCGCUGAGGUACCCCAUCAUGUGCCGAUUUGUGCACACCAUGAGUGGAACCUUGACGGACUGGUCGAAAUGAUCUGGAGAUACAUGAGCCUCUUGAGGAUCUACACCAAACCACGCGGACAGAUACCCGACUAUACAGCCCCUGUCAUUCUUCCAGCGGAGAAGAACAAGAUCGAGGACUUCUGCAUCCGGAUACACAAGUCAUUGUUGUCACAGUUCAAAGUCGCGCUUGUGUGGGGAAUGUCGGCGAGGCAUAACCCCCAGAGAUGUGGAAAAGACCAUGAGCUGAUGGACGAGGACGUCGUGCAAAUCAUCAAGAAGGUUGGCUAA